AUGACAAGUUCAAGGAACCAUGGAUAAAGGCCAAAUUAUUGGUCAUUCAAAAGUUAUUUUGUUUACUUCUGAGAGUAAGGUUUAUAGCGUCAUACGAGGUAAAUAAGUCAAAGGAAUAACCAAUCAAAACAAUGCCCAUACCACACAAAACGACAAAAACUUCAGAGAUAAAAGGCCUAGCCCUCUCCUUGCAAACAUUUCAAACACUUAAUUUUCUCAUAAUCAUCUCUUUAGAUAGACUCGAACCCUUUUGUUUUGUCAAAAGUGAUACAAACAACACUUUUAACUCUAGUUCAUUACUACCCUUUUUGAGAUAACAAUAACCAACAAUGGAGGCCAAAACUGGUUCUGGGCUUCCUCCUGGUUUUAGAUUUCACCCAACAGAUGAAGAGUUAAUCGUUUAUUACCUCAAAAACCAAGCCACCUCAAGGCCAUGCCCUGUUUCAAUAAUCCCAGAAGUUGAUAUCUACAAAUUUGAUCCAUGGCAACUUCCUGACAAGGCAGAGUUUGGAGAAAAUGAAUGGUACUUUUUUAGCCCACGAGAUAGGAAGUACCCAAAUGGAGUUAGGCCCAAUAGAGCAACUAUAUCAGGUUAUUGGAAAGCCACAGGUACAGACAAGGCUAUCUAUAGUGGAUCCAAGUAUGUUGGAGUGAAGAAAGCUCUUGUUUUUUAUAAGGGUAAGCCACCAAAGGGUAUUAAAACAGACUGGAUUAUGCAUGAGUAUCGCUUAACCGAUUCACGUAGACAAAUCACCAAACACGUUGGAUCCAUGAGACUCGAUGAUUGGGUCUUAUGCAGGAUAUACAAGAAGAGAAAUGUGAACAAAGCUCUAGACCCAAAAGUGGAAGAUUUAAGUCCCCAUAUCGAUGUGACAACAGUUGCCAAUGAGGCUAUUAAUGAGGAUAAUGAAACCUUGAAAUUCCCAAGGACUUAUUCCCUGGCACAACUAUUGGAUCUGGACUACUUGGGCCCAAUUUCUCAACUUUUGAAUGACAAUCCAUUCAACUCCGCCCAUGAUUUUCUUCUCAACAACACCUUAACAAACCCAGGAACUGGUUUUGUUCAAAAAUUCGAGUUUGGUGAGGAAAUACCAUACCAAAACGCUGACUCAGGGAGGUUUCAAGUCGCUCAGACCAGCACACCCUUUACCCCAGGAUAUGAUAUGUACUGUUCGGACCGUUAAAAGAAGUUGAAAAAAGAAAAGAAAAAAAAAAUACAUCAAUUGGGGCUAGUUGGACUUGGACAUUUAGUAAACCGAUAAUUGUCUAAGAAAUUGUACAUUUGUUAAAUGUUACUUUUCCUUCUUUCAAGACAUUUUGUAAAAUGAAAUUAUUCGACUUACUCUUAAAUUCCAAUUUACAAACAACGUUCUAUUAUCA